UUCGACGCUUCCUUCCUGCUUCAGCUGAGGCGACGAAAUACCAUGGAGCCACGAUUUCUGUGUUUCGCUGCUCUUGUAGCUUCGCUUUUCACCUGCUGCUUGGCUAAUAGCAAUGGAACAGUCCCUGUAAUACUGUGGCAUGGCAUGGGUGAUUCAUGCUGUAACCCUCUCAGCAUGGGAUCCAUCAAGUCUAUGCUGGAAGAUAAAAUUCCUGGCAUUUAUGUACGGUCCCUGAUGAUCGGUGAUUCAAUUAUACAGGACAUGGAAAAUGGUUUCUUUAUGAAUGCAAAUGACCAGAUAAAACAAGUUUGUGAGAAAGUUGCUGCAGAUCCAAAGUUGAAAGAUGGAUACAAUGCCCUAGGGUUCUCGCAGGGUGGACAGUUCUUGCGUGCUCUUGCCCAGAGAUGUCCCAAUCCCCCCAUGCUGAAUCUGAUCAGCUUUGGCGGACAACAUCAAGGUGUUUAUGGAUUUCCACGUUGCCCUGGUGACAACUCCACCAUCUGUGAUUAUAUCAGGAAGUUGCUGAAUCUGGGAGCUUAUGAAAGUUGGAUUCAAGACUUCCUUGUUCAAGCAGAAUACUGGCAUGACCCAUUGAAUGAGGAAGAAUAUAGAGACAAGAGUAUCUUCUUGGCUGAUAUCAACCAAGAAAAGGUAAAUUGUCUCAAAGGAUGUAAGGUAUUGCAGUUUCCCUUACUGGCUGAUCAAAUGACUGUACAUGAUGCAUAUGCCUGGACCAAUAAAUGAUUUUUGUAUUGGUGUCCACUUUGUCAAAGGCCUGGCUGAGGAGCAGGUUGACAGGGUUU